AUGGAUGAAGUAAAGAAAAAAAGUACUUCAACCGACAUGAACGAUGAGAAUGCUCAUGAUAAUUUAUUCAAUCUCCAACGACUAAAAGACGGUUAUGUAUCGAUUGCGGACAAGUUAGGUCACAGUAAAUUUAAACCUUAUCUUCAACGUUUAUUUCAAUCUGUUGAAUUGAUGCUUGUUCAAGAAGUUACUGAAUUUAAAAAGAUUGAUGCAAAAUAUCAGGAUAUGGUACGACAAUGUCAUAUCUAUGAAAAAACACUGACCACACUGAAAGAAAGCAACUCUUGUGAAUUCAGUGCGUUUAAUGAAUCGAGCAAUACAUAUGCGUUAGACGAUUUAACAAAAGUCACACCUUGCCUUGCACCUGAUCUUCUGCAGUCCACGCUGGGUACUGGAAACGCUGGUGGAAGUACAUCAAUACAAUUUCGUUUACCACGUCGACGUUCCUCGUUGUCCACUCGUCAAUUCGUAUCCACACCGCUCGGACCAACACGAACAAUAAAGCCCGCCGUUCCUCUUGCUCAUUUCGAUGAUGAAUCCUCUUUAAUCCUCACUAAUAGUCUCGGUUUUCAACAGCAAGCUGCACCAACCGAAAAGCAGUUUGUCGAUGCUUACACCGAACCCGAACCUUUUCCAACCAUCGAACAAAAAGAUUUCUCAUGUCAAAUCACUCCAUCAUACGCUGAUAAAGACAUUGAAACCACUCAGCUCAGCCUCGAAUAUCAGUCAACUCAAACUGAAAUGAUCUUAACAGAAACAAUCGCUUGUCAAAUCAAUCCAUCACUGAACGAUUGUUCAAUACAAACAAUUCUUAAUGAACAAAAAGACUUCUCAUGUCAAACGUUCCCAACUACAAUCGAUCAAACAACAGAAACAAUCAUCACUGAUUAUCAGACACAAAUCAUUCAAACUGAUGCGAUUUCUACCAACGAUUAUUCAUGUCAAAUUACACCAGAAUAUGUUCAUCAACAAAUCGAAACAAAUCCGAUCGAUACUCAAGAUAUCGCUUUACAAAUAUCAUUCGAUAAUAAGACAAUAGUUGAUGAUCAACAAAUUCAAACCGAUACCAUUCUGCAUAUUGAUGGCUCAACUCAAUAUGAUCCUGAAGUCGAACCAUCUACACCAAUUCUUCCCAUUGUCUUCAGUGAAGAACUACCCAUAUCAAAUGAAAUCGAAAUUCUUCUUACCGAUCAAGAUAUUCAAACAGAUAUCAAAACGUUUUUCGAUCGAGAAUGUCAAACAAUCAACAGUACACUGAUUUACUCUAACGAAUGCACGCAAACACCACAUGUUUACUUCAACGAUUGUGCAUCACAAUCCACGAUUCUUACAUAUGACAAUCGAAAUAUUCAAACAGAACCGGACUGCAGUUUGUAUUCAUCAUCGCUGUUCAUUGUGCCCACAGAAACUCUUCUUCCAUCACAUUCAUCAACUGUUUUGAUUAUGCCGAAAGAAGUUUAUUCAUCUCCGAUUGUUACCGAUCAAGCACUUCAAUGUGAUCUUGGUUCCAUCGAAACAAUCAUUCCUAUUGAAAUUGAACAUCCAACGGAAACCAGGGAUAGAAGAAGUCUAAUUCAACAUCAGAUGGACGAGAAAGAAAAACAAAUGAAUAGAAUCAUAGAGGAAUACGCAAUGCUUUAUGGUGAAUAUGAAACAGAACGACGUCGUAAUAUGGAUUUAACAGAAGCGCGUGAUCGAUUAGCGGAUCAUAUCAAAGUUUUGUCGGAUGAGCUCGGUGAUCGAGAGAUAAAUCAAGAAAAACUGUUAAUUAAAAGCUGUCAACAAAACAAACUGAUCAAUUAUAUGUUACCACAAAUCGAUUGCUCCCCGAUGCUCAAGAAAAAACAUAAUUCAGCCAGUAGUUUUCGUCGACUUUUACCCAAAUUCAAAUGA